CGAGCUUCCCAUCAACUUUUCCAUCGCGAGGCAACGACGUCGAGAUCAGUAUGCUGUCCGCCGCCUGAACGAGACACCGAUUACACGCGUUUUUCGCGCGUCAUACCACUCGCUACCGCCCCAGAAGCCCACAAUACCGACCGAUACCGCUCCGACCUCGUCGACGUACCCACGAUGAGCUCUCUGUUUGGGGCCUCGAAACCCGGCGGUGGCCUCUUCGGCGGCGGCGCGUCGACAGCCGGCGGGCUGUCUACAACGCCCGCCGGCUCCAUCUUCGGCCAGCCCCCCCAAGCACAGCCGGGCGCCGCCCCCUUGGGAGGGUCCCUUUUUCCCGCCUUGGGGAAACCCACCGUGUCCGGCCCAACACCACAAGAGCGGGCCCAACAAGCAGCCUUCCUCGCCAGCGGCGGCGCGGCCUCAAGUCUUGGUAUGCCAACUCUAUCGGGUAUCCAUGCAAUGAAGGUCGCCCAGGCACAGGUACAGCAAGGCGGCCUUGGGCUUAGCGUCAACAACAACAAUUCGAGCAUCAACAACGCGCCCAGCGCCGCUCUGUUCGACUCGAUCCUGGCCAAGACAAAGAAGCAGACCGACGGCGCCGACGGAAUCGGCGAACUCCCCAGCCUCCAGUUGGGCCUGAGCGACCUCCACCAGCGCGUGCGAAAGAUCGCCCCCCGCGGCGCUCCCCUCGACGGAAGGGCGCAUUACCUCCUCGCCGGGUCCGGCGUCGACCCGGGCACUGCUGUGAAAGACCUUGGGGCCUUUGCGGCGCGAGCUGGCGGCAGGGCAGAUGGCGGCAGAACGCCUGCUGGGACCGGGGUUGGUGGUGGCGAGGUCGACGUCGAUGCGUACCUAUCGAACCUGCAGUCCAGGACAACUCUCAGCAUGAUCGCCGACGGCCUCGAGCGGUCCGUCCGCGACUUUGACAGCUUCCUCGAGGAGAACGUCACCAUGGAGUGGGAGGAGCAGCGGAAGCGCAUAUACGAGCACUUUGGCAUCAAACCUAGGGAGGACAACCAGAGGCUCGGUCAGUCGACCGCCGGGGCCGCCAGCAGGGAUGCCACGGGCGGCUUCGGUCGGUCCAAGAGGUCGAGGAACGCCGGGGGCGCUGGCACCCCGGGAACCCCGGCUCGUGGCGGCGCCAGGCAGAGCGUCUUCGGUCGGACUGGUCUCCUGAGAUCCGUCAUCGGCAGCCCCAGCCGCAUCGGACCCCACGGGUCGCAGUUCGUCGAUGUCGAGAUGGUCACCCAGAGCAGCUCCAUCGGCGGCCUGGUCCCCAUGGACGAGCGGUUCCUGGACGAGAAGCAGAAGCGCUUCAUUCACAAGAUUCACGUUCUCAACGACAGCCGCAUGAUGAAGCAGCCGUAUCCGAUUCUACACGAAUUCGCCGAUGUCGUCUCCCGGUCUGGAGACGUUUACGCGCCCAAACUUGUCGAGGCCUACAAGGCAAUGGUGGAGGUCGUCGGCGAGGAUCCAGACGCCGACCCGGAAACACCCGGCGCAACGGCCAAGGAGCGCCAGUUUGCGCAGAGUUAUAUCCACGCACAACCCCGAUCACAGGAGGCGGUUGACCUGCGCAAGCGGAUACUGGCCGGCGCGAACCGCUACCUCGAGAAGCAGGCGCUCGAGGAGAUUGAGAAUACGAUUGCCAAAGCGCCACUCGAAGCUAACCUCGGCGGACGUCCCGACAUCGUCAGCAAGAUACGCGCGUAUAUCCGGGUUCUCGCGGCCAAGAAGAACCUGGCUCCCGACAACGUCGAGCUGCAGCAGGUGCAGGGUGAGUACGUGUGGGCCAUCGUCUUCUACCUCUUGCGGACGGGUCACGUUUCGGAUGCGGCGACAUUCGUCAACGACAACCAGAGCCAGUUCCGCAGUAUCGACCGGACCUUCUCUGGCUACAUCAACAGUUACGCCUCGAGCGAGGAUCGACGGCUCAAGAAGCCAAUGCAGGAGUGGUGCGCCAACGAGUAUCAACAGCGGGUACGCAACGCGCCCGAGGGCUCCAUAGACCCGUACCGCAUGGCCUGCUACAAGGUCAUAGGGCGCUGCGAGCUGGCCAACCGUGGUUUCGAGAACCUUAAGACAGGUGUCGAGGACUGGAUCUGGCUGCAAUUCAACCUGGCUCGCGAGGGCGACCGUGUGUCGGAACUGGCCAGCGAGUCCUACGGGCUCGCCGAGCUGCAGUCCAGCAUACAGGAGAUCGGCAGCAAGCUCUUCGCCUCUAAGGGUUCGGCUGAAGAGGUUAGCAGCGGAUCCUUCGCCAUGUUCUUCUUCCUCCAGAUCCUCUCUGGCAUGUACGAAGCGGCCAUCGCUUACCUGUACGCCUACUCGCGCACCGAUGCCGUACACUUUGCCAUCGCGCUCGAGUACUACGGUCUCCUGCGUCCCGCAGACGCCAUGUCUACGGCCAACGAGCUGAAGAGCUUCAACACAAGGGGCCUCAUGCAGAUCAACUUUGCACCGCUCGUGGGACUGUACACGCAGGACUUCAGGGCGGCCAACGUGGCGGCCGCGGUCGACUACGUCGUUCUCAUCUGCCUCAACAUGGACAACCCGACCAACGAGGCGGACCGGCAGCAGGCGGCGCUGUGCCACGAGGCACUGCGGGCGCUGGUGCUGGAGACGCGCGAAUUCAGCAAGCUCAUCGGCGACAUCCGGCCCGACGGGCGGCGGAUCCGCGGCAUGAUCGAGGAGCGCGGCCGGCUGGUGGCGCUCGAGGACGAGGCCGAGUUCCUGCGCGCAAUCUCGCUCGAGGCAGCGCGGGCGGCCGAGGAGUCAGGGCGCACGACGGACGCGGUGCUGCUCAACCACCUCGCGGGCGACUACGACGCCGUCGUCGGGCUCGUCAGCCGCAGCCUGGGCGAGGCCAUCGCGCUCGAGUCGGCCUCGGCGGCCGAGGGCGGCGGCCGGUUCGGCGGCGGCAACUACCAGCCGGUGCGCCUGGCGCCCGUCAAGCCGCGCGUGGCCGGGGCCGAGGCCGAGGCCCAGGUCGGCUCCAGCCUGAGCCUGGCCGCCAUCGACGACCCCGUGGAGCUAGCGCGCACCAUGCUCACCAUGUACGAGCAGGACGCCAUGUUCCGGCAGCGGAUCCAGGAGGGCAACCGGAACGCGUGCAGCGUCUUGUUGCAGAUGAGCGAGAUCAAGGACCUUAUUAGGGCCCAGAGCUGGCCAGAGGCAUUGGAUAAAAUCCGCAACAUCCACAUCCUCCCGCUCGACGCCAGCGGUGACCCGAGCGUGAUCCGACACUACGCGGGCGUGUUCGCGGGCCUGUCGCAGCCCGUGGCGGCCAACGUGCCCAACCUGGUCAUGUGGACGACCGAGUGCUGCACGCGGCAGCGCGAGCGGCUGGCGGGCGGGCACUUUACGGGCAACGAGUCCACGGCGCGCGCCCUCUACGACGAGCUCAAGCAGAUCACAGCCGACCUGACGACCUACACGAGCCAGCUCCGUUACCGGUUCCCGCCCGCCAUUCUCGAGGCGCUGGCCAAGGCCGCAGCGGACUAAGGGGGCCUGUGUGCGCGGAUGAAUGGGUUUGGUGUGGAAUGACUUUCUUCAAUGGUACUAGAGCGGCGGUCUAAGGUGAAUGCGGGAUAAUACAUGGCUCGUCCCCUUCCUUGCUUUUGUUGUCAGUGAUGUAAUCACUUGUUAGAGCUUGUUGACAUUUGUCACAAGCCCUCAAUGUAGCAGCCUUGCCACCUCCACGGAGGAAGUGGCGUGUUGAAAUCUAGAAUCGCUUGCAGAGACGUCGUUUCAACGACCCAGUGAUUUCGUCGUCCAGCAAUCAUCAUCCAUUCACACACAUUUCUUGCCGAGAUGUAGGAAAGGAGUCGUGUUCAAGUGAGA